ACACCCACACCCUUCAAAAAAAUUUCUUCAAAAGAAAAUUUUUAUCAAGAUCAAAUAACAGGAAAAUUAGAAGCUGUUGGAGAUACAGUAGAACCAUUUCAUUUUAUUUUACAUCCAAAAGAUGAACAAUAUUUAACUCGUGAAGAUCAAGAUAAAGGAAAAGAAUUAUAUUCACUUUUAGUUCAAUUUGAAAUUCUUCAAGGAGAUACAAUAAGAAAAAUAUUUCGAAAUAAUUCACAAGAACGAGAUAAAAUAGAAAAGAUAAUUCGAAAUGAUCUUGAUCCUUCGAUUGCCGAUCCAUUAAUUAGUUUAUUAAAUAAUUUACCAUUUACUACUAAAGAAGAAGAAGGAAAUAAUAUUCGAAUUUAUCAAAAAGAAAAAAAUAUUUUAAAGUCUGGUGGACUUGCUAAAUAUAAAUAUGGAGAUAUUAAAAGAAAUAUUGAAAGAAUUUUAAAUAAAAUUUUAAAAAAUACUCAAUUUGAAAAUGAUAAAGAAUUAAUUUUGUCGAAAAUUUUGUCUUUACAAGGAGAUAUUCGUUCAUUUAAAAAAGGUUUAAAAGCUAAUUUAAAAGAUUUUAUAGAUCUUCAAGAUCAAGAAAAUGUUCCAAUAGCCUUUGGUUUGACUCAAAUAGGCAAUGCUUUAAUUAGUGAAGGUGUUUCUAAUAUGGCAGAAUUAUCAGGUACUUUUAGUUGGAAAGAAUGGGCAAUACAAAAAGCAAUUAGCUUCGGUCUCUCUAUGUUGACUGCUGGAAUUGGAAAGUUUUUGACGGAUAAAAUUAUGGAACAGAUUCAAGAAAAUGUUUAUACAAAAGAUUUAGAAACUCUUUAUCUUCAAAAAAAAACAUUAGGAAAAGAUAUUUUAUUACCUCAACAAUUUGAUACUAUUCGAACACGAGUUGUAUCUUCUUUAAACAAUAGUUAUCAUCUAUUUGCUGAUGGUCUAAAGAAAUCAAAUUCAAAAUACGUUAAAAUGGCUGCUACUACUCUUAAAGCAAUAAAUAUCAUUAAUAAGUUGUGGACUGUAGUUCAAUCUGUCUUACAAAAUCCAAAACAAAUUACUGCAAGUUAUUUGAGAGAAGCAAAAGAUAAAGAUAGAGCUUUAGGUUUAGCUGAUAUAACAAUGUUAGCAGAUCGUAAAAGAAGAAAAAUAACUGUUUACAAUUCAGAUACUGACGAAAAAGAAAUAAUAAAUCCUUCAGGAGUAAGAAAAAUACCUGCUCUUUUUAAACAAUCUGCUAAAAUCUAUUAUGAAGUGGAUGAAAAUGGAGAUAUUGGACAUUAUUUUACUGAUGUUAUAAGCAAUAGAGAUAUAGAAAAAGAAAUAAAAUAUAAAUUAAUACCUGAAGCUAUGAAAAAAUUAAGGAAUGAAAAUGAUAAACUAGUGGUAAUUAUGUCUCAGCCAUUUAAGGCGGAUACAAUAAAGCAAACAGAUAAUGUACGCUUAGAUGAUCAGAAUUUUACUGGAAAUAGUGACUAUGUUGAUUUUCAAGUGCAAAUAGGUGGACAGAGAUAUAAACAUCAACGUAGAGGUAAUGAAUCUACAACUGUCGCACAUAUUUUAGUGACAAGACCACCGAAAGAUUCUGAUGCUGUUUAUCAUUACAGCUCAAGAGAAAUUGCUAAGACCCUUCUUGAUAGUUUAAAUAAUGGCAAAACAGUAAAAUUACUUGCAGAAAAUCUUUAA